CAUGCUUUCUCACUAGAAAGUCAAAAGGAGAAUUUAUUAGGUUUGGAUCCCAACUACAAAAGUACGAAGAACUCAUCAGCACAGAGAGCACCGAUAUUCAAGUCGAGAAGUGCAUUUAUAAGGCUUAGCUUCCAAACUACCAAUAGAAAUUUUCAAGAAAAUUUCAUUGUCUGAAGGUUUCAGUUAUCUGGCCUCUCUUUCUUCCUCACUCUCCCAAAUAUGAAUUCCUCUGUUCUGAAAUCCUCUACUCUUCUUCUGUUCUUCUAUUCUUUCCUCUGUUUCUGCAGCCCCACAAAGGCUGAUUACAUCUACAGCGUCUGUUCUAAUCAUUCUGAAAUCGCCAGUAACAGUUACAAGACUAACCUCAAUAGUCUAUUUUCUUCACUGACCACCAAAGGCCCUCUCACCGGCUUCUACAACACAACGUCCGGCAAAACCCCAGAUGAAGUUUUUGGUCUAGUUCUCUGCAGAGGUGAUGAUACAAGCAAUGAUUGCCAGAUUUGCAUCAAAGAAGCAAGUCAAGAGCUAUUACAACGUUGCAACAGUAGUAAAGAAGGUACAAUAUGGUAUGAUGAAUGCCUCCUAAGAUACUCCAGCCAGAAUUUUUUCUCUUCUGUAACAUUGAAGAAGGAAUUGUCUUUGCUGAACACCAUUAGUGCGUCAGAUCCAAUUCGGUUCAAUACCAUACUGGGACAGUUGAUGGAUAACAUUUCAUCAGAGGCCGCAUUUUCCUCUAGCCAGAUGUUUGCUACCGGAGAGGCCGUUGUUUCAAGCCUUCAGAAGAUAUAUGGGCUGGUGCAGUGCACUAGAGACUUGUCCAAGGAGGAUUGUAAUGAUUGUCUUGAGAGCUCAAUAGAGAAACUAUCAUCUUGCUGCAGUGGAAAGCAAGGAGGCCAAGUGAUUUCCAAGAGUUGUAUUCUGAGAUAUGAGGUAUAUCCCUUCUUCAGGGGUGCUUCAACCGCUGCUACAUCCCCUCCACCUGCAAAUGCCAUGGUUGAUGGGAAGAAUUCUACCACUACAGCCCCAACAGCCACAACUAAAGGGAACAGAAAGAAAACUUUGACAAUUGCCCUGGCUAUUGUCAUCCCCAUAAUUGUUUUGCUGGUGAUCUUUAUAGCUCUAUGGUACUGUCUCUUGAAGAGAAAGACAAAGAAAGCAAGUGGAGUUGACACAGAGAUAAUGAGCAUUGAAUCCCUGCUAUUUGAUCUGAACACAAUUAAAGCAGCAACAGAUGACUUUGCAGAUUCAAAUAAACUUGGGGAAGGUGGAUUUGGUCCUGUUUACAAGGGUAAGUUGAGAGAUGGACAAGAAAUAGCCGUAAAAAGACUCUCAAGAACUUCUGGACAAGGUGUUGAAGAAUUCAAGAAUGAGAUCAUAUUAGUGGCAAAACUUCAACACAGGAAUCUUGUUAGACUCUUGGGGUGUUGCUUUGAAGGACAGGAAAGGUUGCUCGUAUAUGAAUUUGUCCCCAACACAAGCCUUGAUAAAUUCUUAUUUGAUCCAACCAGACGUACACAGCUAGACUGGGAUACUCGUUACAAGAUUAUUUCAGGGGUGGCUCGUGGGAUUCUCUAUCUUCAUGAAGAUUCUAGGCUCCGCGUAAUCCACAGGGACAUUAAAGCUAGCAAUGUGUUGUUGGAUAACAAGAUGAAUCCUAAAAUUUCAGAUUUUGGUGUGGCAAGAAUGUUCGAUGUAGAUCAAACUCGAGCCAAUACCAAUAGAAUUGUAGGGACAUAUGGAUACAUGUCUCCUGAGUAUGCUAUGCAAGGACUGUUCUCUGUAAAAUCUGAUGUCUUCAGCUUCGGAGUCCUGUUACUAGAAAUUGUGAGGGGCCAGAAGAACAGCUCUUUUUAUUUAACUGAUUCCUCUCAUGAUCUUCUAAGCUAUGCUUGGAAACUGUGGACUGAAAAUAGGCCAUUAGAAUUGGUGGAUUCGGCUUUGGGGAAUAUGUUUCCAAGCAAUGAAGUUCUGAAAUGCAUUCACGUAGGCCUACUAUGCGUUCAAGAAGAUGCAGCUGACAGACCCACAAUGUCAUCCGUGGCUUUCAUGCUCAACAGCUAUUCUUCCACGCUUGACCAUCCUGCUCCACCACCAUUAGUAGGGGAAAACCGUUCCAAGGAACUGCACUGGUCAGCUACCAGGUCACAGUACUCAGCGAAUGAGCUUGAUGCUUCAGAAAUAGAACCCAGAUAGAAAAAUGCUUCAUAUGACUCCAAACCAAAUAUUGUAAACGCUUAAUAUUUUGGUGUAUGCAACCUUUGGGAGCAUGCUAAUACCUCUCACUAUCACUCCUACAAGAGACUCAAUUUCUGUCCUACUUUUAUUUGUUUGUUUCCAUUUAUUUUUUUCUCCCUCCUCUUUUCAAAUAUUAGAAAGAAAUCAUGGAGUAUUUAUUGUUAAAUCAUUUCAUUGUAGAAAAAUGCCUUGUAGCAAA